GCCCAAAACAAACCAGCCCGGCAAUUUCUAGACAUUGGGCGGACCCGCCUUCAAAAUUAGCAACUGAGCAUGCACUAACGUCAAUACGCAGGGAACGUGAUUACAUCAGUGUCGGGCGCCGGCGUAAUUAAAUAUAACUGAGUUUACACAGACGCAGAAGACGCAGGCAAACCUGAGGUCCUCGGAAUGGCGGGCACAGGUUUGGUGGCUGGAGAGGUUGUGGUGGAUGCGCUGCCGUAUUUUGAUCAAGGUUAUGAAGCCCCUGGUGUGCGGGAAGCGGCUGCAGCGCUGGUGGAGGAGGAAACUCGCAGAUACCGACCUACUAAGAACUACCUGAGCUACCUGACAGCCCCGGAUUAUUCUGCCUUUGAAACUGACAUAAUGAGAAAUGAAUUUGAAAGACUGGCUGCUCGACAACCAAUUGAAUUGCUCAGUAUGAAACGAUAUGAGCUUCCAGCCCCCUCCUCUGGUCAAAAAAAUGACAUUACUGCGUGGCAAGAAUGUGUAAACAAUUCUAUGGCCCAGUUAGAGCAUCAAGCAGUUAGAAUUGAGAAUCUGGAACUAAUGUCACAGCAUGGAUGUAAUGCCUGGAAAGUGUACAAUGAAAAUCUAGUUCAUAUGAUUGAACACGCACAGAAAGAACUUCAGAAGUUAAGAAAACAUAUUCAAGAUUUAAACUGGCAGAGAAAGAACAUGCAACUCACAGCUGGAUCUAAAUUGAGAGAAAUGGAGUCAAAUUGGGUAUCCCUGGUCAGUAAGAAUUAUGAGAUUGAACGGACCAUUGUUCAGCUAGAAAAUGAAAUCUAUCAAAUUAAGCAGCAACAUGGAGAGGCAAACAAAGAAAACAUCCGGCAAGACUUCUGAAAAGACAAUUUAGCAGGUAGAAGAAAAGUUGGGCUUUCACAAAAGGCAUCUGAACUUUUAAUGAACUGUGAAGGACAACAGCAUCUUCCCAAAACCAUUGAUGUUUAAGUGUUUAGAAAUCAUAGAAUGUGUAGGCUGCUGUGGUAAUUCUAUUUGUUUAUCUCAACAGAAUUAAAAUGUCUAGCUUGGUGGUAUUUUUAUAGCCAUAAAAGAAAAUCUUUAGGCUUUCAAAAUAAGUAUGACUUUAGAAUAAUAUUGUGUCAUAGAAUUAAUUUUCAGCCAUGUGGACCAUAUUUUGUAUCCAAGGAUCCUUAUUUAAAGCUUUCAACAUGUACAGGAAGUUGGAAAUUUUUGGUUUAUGACUUUGUCUAAUAAAGAUAGUUCUAAACACAUUCUUGAUCACCAAACAAGACUUCAGAAAUACCGUGACUGUACAGAGUCAUCAUUGUUAUCAUCAUCAUAGGUAACAGUUAUAUCAAGCUUAAUAUGUGCUGAACGCUGUUCUGAACACUUCAGGUAGAUGACCUAGAUGUAUGUGAAUAAAAACUAUUUGGUCCUCACAAAAA